GGAAGAAAAAGAGGAGGGACUCGUCUUCCCUCACCCCGGGUCCCUCGGGCUGCGUUACUACUGCCCGCCCCCUUCCUCUCCCUCUCACGCCCACCUCGCCCUCCUCCCACGGCACCUGGUCUCCAUGAGUCCCGCCCUCACCCAGUCCCCUCCCCCGACCCCCCCGCGUCCAGCCACCACCCCCAUUCAGAAAGCCACAGGACCCCUGCCGGGAAGGGCGCCAACGUCCGGGCAGCCCUCCAGGGCCUUCCCGGCCUCCGCCCACCCCCGUCCACGCGGGGACACCCUCCCUCCUCCUCCCCCGCGUCCGAUGCCCGCCGCUCCCGCUCCGGGAAAGGGCCCCCCGCGAGGUCCCAGGAGGGGCUUCGGACCCCGGGCCUUCGGGCCUGCCCACGCCCCAGGGCGGACCCCGGAGCCCAGAGCCCAGCGCCUCGGUCGCCGCUCCUCAGCCGCCCUGCCCUGGCUGGGGAACCAGACCCUCCCUCCCGGCUCUGGUUUCCGGAAAUCUCCUGACUCGCUGAUGCUAAGAAUGGCUUUCUAGACCCUGCCUUCCCACCACCGCAGGGCAGAGUUCCGGCUCCAGCCCUUACCCGCUUUAGACCCCCCAGCCCCUUCUUGCCCUCCUGCUUGGACCCGGCCGCCAGGCCCUCAUCCUUCUCCUUACUCAGUACCCAAGAAUUUGGACCCCAGCCUCUCCUCCCUAGGGACCUGGCAUUCAGCCACGUCUCUUUGUCCAGCUGUUAUUUCUCGCCCUUUAGAACAUGCAGGUGGAAUGUGGGGGGCCGAGGGCAGAUCCUCCCGGGGCCUCCUGGGAGUCUUGGGCCUCCUUAAAGGGCCUCCCCUGGGGACCAGCCCAUCCUCCCCAGGGCCUAGCGGGACUCAGCUGCCGGCCGAGGAGCGGGAGCCUUCCGCCGACAUGCCGGAGGCGAAACCAGCGGCCAAAAAGGCCCCCAAAGGCAAAGAUGCCCCCAAAGAACCUCCCAAGGAGGCCCCCUCUAAGGAGGCCCCUGCCGAGCCGCCCAAAGAAGCCCCACCUGAGGAGAAGACCCCCACGGUGGAGGAGCCUACUGGUGUUUUCCUCAAGAAGCCGGACUCUGCCUCUGUGGAGACUGGGAAAAGUGUGGUAAUCGUGGCCAAGGUGAAAGGGAAGGAGCUGCCAGACAAGCCAACCAUCAAGUGGUUCAAGGGGAAGUGGCUGGAGCUGGGCAGCCAGAGUGGGGCCCGCUUCUCCUUGAAGGAGUUGCACGACCCUGCCAGCAAUGUUUACACUGUGGAGCUGCAGAUUGAGAAGUUGGUCCUGGGCGACAGUGGGGAUUACCGCCUCGAAGUCAAAGCCAAGGACACCUGCGACAGCUGUGGCUUCCACAUCGACGUGGAGGCACCCCAGCAGGAUGUCUCUGGGCAGAGUCUGGAAAGCUUCAGGCGUGCAGGUGAAGUGAAGUCGGAAGACGCGGGUGAGCUGGAUUUCAGCGGCCUGUUGAAGAAGAGGAAGGUGGUCGAGGAGGAGAAGAAGAAAAAGAAAGAUGAUGACGACCUGGGCAUCCCUCCUGAGAUCUGGGAGCUCCUGAAAGGGGCAAAGAAGAGUGAGUACGAGAAGAUCGCCUUCCAGUACGGCAUCACUGACCUCCGUGGCAUGCUGAAGCGGCUCAAGAAGGCCAAGGUGGAGGUGAAGAAGAGUGCAGCCUUCACGAAGAAGCUGGAUCCAGCCUACCAAGUGGACAAAGGCAACAAAAUCAAGUUGGUGGUGGAGAUCAGUGACCCAGACCUUCCCCUCAAGUGGUUCAAGAAUGGCCAGGAGAUCAAACCAAGUAGCAAGUACGUGUUUGAGAAUGUUGGUAAGAAGCGAAUUCUCACCAUCAACAAGUGCACGUUGGCGGAUGAUGCUGCUUAUGAGGUGGCCAUCAAAGAUGAGAAGUGUUUCACUGAGCUCUUUGUCAAAGAACCUCCAGUUCUGAUUAUCAAAACCCUCGAGGACCAGCAGGUGUAUGUGGGUGACCAGGUGGAGAUGGUAGUGGAAGUGUCAGAAGAGGGGGCCCAAGUCAUGUGGAUGAAGGACGGGGUGGAGCUGGCCCGGGAGAAGUCCUACCAGGCAUCGUACAGCCUCAAGAAGGAUGGGAAGUGCCAUAUUCUUAUCUACUCCGAAGUGACCCAGGAGGACAGGGGUCGCUACCAGGUCAUCACCAGUGGCGGCCAGUGUGAGGCCGAGCUCAUUGUGGAAGAGAAGCCGCUGGAGGUCCUGCAGGGCAUCGCAGAUCUGACGGUGAAGGCCUCGGAACAGGCUGUGUUCAAGUGCGAGGUGUCUGACGAGAAGGUGACGGGCAAGUGGUACAAGAAUGGGGUCGAGGUGCGGCCGAGCAAGAGGAUCACCAUCUCCCACCAGGGGAGGUUCCACAAACUGGUGAUCAAUGACGUCCGCCCCGAAGAUGAGGGAGACUACAUGUUUGUGCCCGAUGGCUAUGCCCUGUCUCUGUAGGCCAAGCUCAACUUCCUGGAAAUUAAGGUGGAGUACGUACCCAAGCAAGAGCCACCAAAGAUCCACCUGGACUGCUCAGGGAAAACCUCCGAGAAUUCAGUUGUGGUUGUGGCUGGAAACAAGGUGCGACUGGACGUGUCCAUCACGGGGGAGCCCCCGCCCACCGCCACCUGGCUGAAGGAAGACGAGGUGUUUACGACCACAGAGGGCAGGACCCGCAUCGAGCAGCGGGCGGAGUCCAGCAACUUUGUGAUCGAGAGUGCCGAACGAGUGGAUGAGGGCCGCUACACCAUCAAAGUCACCAACCCUCUUGGCGAGGACGUGGCCUCCAUCUUCGUGCGGGUUGUGGAUGUCCCAGAUCCCCCAGAAGUUGUGCGGGUCACCUUAGUUGGAGAGGAUUGGGCCAUACUUGUCUGGGAGCCACCCAAGUAUGACGGGGGCCAACCAGUCACCGGGUACCUCCUGGAGCGGAAGAAGAAAGGCUCUCAGCGCUGGAUGAAGCUGAACUUCGACGUCUUCACAGAGACGACCUACGAGUCCACCAAGAUGAUCGAAGGCGUCCUCUACGAGAUGCGGGUCUUCGCCGUGAAUGCCAUCGGCGUUUCCCAGCCCAGCCUCAACACCAAGCCCUUCAUGCCUAUCGCCCCCACGAGUGAACCCCUGCACCUGACCGUGGAGCACGUGACUGACACCACCACCACACUCAAGUGGAGGCCUCCGAACAGCAUUGGGGCAGGCGGCAUCGACGGGUACCUGGUGGAGUACUGCCUGGAGGGCUCAGAGGACUGGAUCCCAGCCAACACCCAGCUGGUGGAGCGCUGCGGCUUCACCGUCAAGGAUCUGCCGACAGGAGCGAAGGUCCUCUUCCGGGUGGUGGGGGUCAACAUCGCGGGCCGCAGCGAGCCGGCCACCCUGGCCCAUCCCGUCACUGUCCGAGAGAUUAUGGAGCACCCCAAGAUCCGCCUCCCACGCCAUCUCCGCCAGACCUACAUCCGCAGGGUGGGCGAGCAGCUCAACCUCGUGAUCCCCUUCCAGGGGAAGCCGCGGCCCCAGGUGGUGUGGACCAAGGGCGGGGCCCCGCUGGACGCCUCCCGCGCGCACGUGCGCACCAGCGACUUCCACACGGUGCUGUUCGUGCGCCACGCGGAGCGCGCCGACUCCGGCGAGUACGAGCUGAGCGUGCAGAUCGAGAACACCAAGGACACCGCCAGCAUCCACAUCCGCGUCGUGGAAAAGGCAGGGCCCCCGGAGAACGUGAUGGUGAAGGAGGUGUGGGGCACCAACGCCCUGGUGGAGUGGCAGCCCCCCAGGGAUGACGGGAACAGCGAGGUCACCAGGUAUUUAGUCCAGAAAGCUGACAAGAAAACCAUGGAGUGGUUCAACGUCUUCGAACACAACCGCCCCACACGCUGCACGGUGCCCGACCUCAUCGUGGGCAACGAGUACUACUUCCGCAUCUUCAGCGAGAACAUCUGUGGGCUCUGCGACUCGCCGGGCAUCUCCAAGAACAUGGCCCGGAUCCUCAAGACAGGAAUCACCUUCAAACCACUUGACUACAAGGAGCAUGACUUCCAGUCACCUCCCAAGUUCCUGACGCCUCUAAUAGACAGGGCGGUCGUGGCUGGAUAUUCUGCUGCCCUCAACUGCGCUGUCAGAGGCCACCCAAAGCCCAAAGUGUUCUGGAUGAAGAACCAAGUGGAAAUCCGCGAAGAUCCCAGGUUCCUGAUAACCAACCACCAGGGGGUCCUGACGCUGAACAUCCGCCGCCCCUCACCCUUCGACGCCGGGACCUACUCGUGCCGGGCUGUCAACGAGCUGGGGGAGGUGCUGGCCGAGUGCCAGCUGGAGGUCCGAGUGCCGUAGUGGAACUCUGUCCUCCACGUGCCACGACGGUGCCGCUGAGUCUUCACCCAGUCCCUGACCUCCGGGACGGUGUUUUGUUCCCUGGAGCUCUCGCUGAGAACAUAAGAGCCUUGCUUCGGACUCUGGCGUCUGUCCUUGAAUCUGUGGUUCCA